GUCCCUCCUCCCAUCUCCCUCCUCAUCCACAGCCUUCAGCUUCUCAUGCCCACCAUGUCCCAUACAAAGACUGCCGUCAAAGAGAGCAUCAAGUCUACCGAACGCGAUCUCUCCGCCGCAAGGCUCCGCUCACCGUCCCCGCCCACCGCCUCCGACGCCCGAGCUCAGUCGUUUUCACCUACCUCACCUAAGCCCGCCGCCGCUCGUCUCACCUCCCCACCUCCGGAGUCCCCCUCUCGCGUCGCUGUGCGCGAACGCACCCCCGCACCCGCCUCUGUUCCAUUCGCAAUCGACCCGUCUGUGGAGCCAGAGUCCGAUCCCGAAGAUGACGAGGCCGGAGCGGAGCCCGUCAUUGAUCUCGAGACUUUCAACCAAAUUCUUGAUCUGGACGAAGACGAUACCCAUGACUUCUCGCUCGGUAUGGCCGAGGCAUACUUCACUCAAGCGAGUACCACAUUCAAAGACAUGGACGCUGCCUUCGAGGGCAAAGACCUCCCCAAACUCUCUUCUCUGGGCCACUUCCUGAAAGGGUCAUCCGCCGCACUUGGCGUCUCCGCCGUCCAAGCCACAUGCGAGGACAUCCAACAUUACGGUGCCCUCCGGGACGAGACAAAUGGCACGGACCUCACCGAGGAAGCCGCGCUCGCGAAGAUCGGCCCCCUCCUCAAGCGCGUCAAGCGCGAGUACGCGAUCGCGGAGCGAUGGCUCCAGAAUUGGUACAAGGAACACGUCGCCCCCGCCGAGGUCUGAGAGACCGUCGGUUUGUCCGUCAGGUUGCCCUCGAUCGGUGCUCGCGACGUUAGAGGGAAUGCGGGUGGUGUCUUGGAGGGAGGUGGUGUGAUAUCCUUUUGCGUCCUGCGCCUGCAGGGGGAUCGGGCGUAAUCCAGGUCGACCCCACCCUCGGUCGACACGGCCUGCAUGAUAAGUGCAUGCCGGGGACUCGGGAUGAGAUCCAUGACAGGAGCAUGCUGGGUCCGCACAGCAGGGUGGACAAUGUGGGUAUGGUAGUGGCGAGGUGGGCAGGGGGACAGGGACGAACAGGAGAACCGAAGAAGAGCUUGAGGUGUAGCCGUGUAUGUUAUAUUGAUUCGAGCGUCGUGAUUAGCAUAUGUACAGCUGCAUCCUAUCCCCCCCAGUCCGUCUAUCCUCCUCUGAUGAGGUGUUAGCUGCAUUUCUGAAUGUCGAUUAUCCAGCAUUCGCUCCGUUGUUCCCC